CUAACCCCAGCUGCCAAUCAAAUUCACUCGUGGCAGCCGGCAUUAUCUUUCGCUACAAACUAUUGACAGAUUACAUGUCAAGGAGUUUAGUGCAUUAUUGAAGGAAGGUUUUUUUUUUUUGUUAAUGUUGUUAUUGUUGUCGGCUUAGUUGUUUUACAUUUUGUUCCUUAGUUUCCUGCUCCUCUCCUUACUUCUGAUGAUUUUUAAAAGAGUUGAGCUGUAUUAUGAAAGUUACAUGCCUAAGAGGAUUUAACUACGAAUUCCCUGAAUAUGCUGAAAGGACUUUAUGCACUGAAAAGACCUCAGGAAAAUCCAAGAUGGCCGCGAAAAGGAAAGGCGGCCUGAAGCUGAACGCUAUCUGUGCCAAGCUGAGCCGACAGGUGGUGUACGACGGCAGCUCCCAGCAUGCCGAGGGGGACCCCAGCCUACCGGACAACAGCGAGAAGGGGAGCUCGCACUACGAGGAGGCCGACCGGCCGGAGCCCGACUUCCCCGAGGGGCUGGGCCUGGGGCCCAACCCGGAGGAGGACCAGAGGCGGCGCGAGGCCAUCGAGAAGUGGGUGAACGGGGAGUACUCGGACGAGCCGCCGCUGGAGCCGGGAGAGCCGCGGGGGCCCCGGCCGGGCCCCAGGGACGAGGGGCCCCCCGAGGGCGUGUACAUGGUGCAGCCCAAGGGCUGCAGCGAGGACGAGGACAACGGCGACGAGCCGGGCACCCUGCCGGGGUCCCGCGCCAGCAGCUACCGCGACGACCGCGACUCCGAGGAUCCGCACAAGGAGGACAGCUACACCCCCGCCCCCGAGCCUCCCAGUCGCCCUGCGCCCUUCGCUCCUCCAGGGGAGGCCUCUGUGCUCCGCGACUAUGCAGCCAGCACCAUGAACGAGUUCCUGGGCAUGUUCGGGUACGACGACCAGCAGGUGAGGGACGAGCUGGCCAAGAAGAUCAGCUUCGAGAAGCUGAAAGCAGCUACCUCAGACCCCUCGUCCCUGAGCAGCGAGGAGGCCACCCGCCGCGCCCGCUUCUCCAAGUACGAGGAGUACAUCCGCAAGCUGAAGGCCGGCGAGACGCUGCCCUGGCCCGCGCUGCCCGUCAAACCGCUGGACGACCUGGCGCCCAAGAUGGCCGCCGCGGAGAAGGGCGCCCUGAUGCAGGCCGCCGGCUGCAUGCAGAGCGCCGAGGGCCCGAUGUACCCGGGGCUGCCCCUGGAGCACAAGCAGGGGCCCCUGAGCGCGCCGCCCCCCGCCGGCCCCUCCCAGAUGCAGAGCCUGGCCUCGCGCACGUCCAAGUACGACUUCUUCAUCCAGAAGCUGAAGAUGGGCGAGAGCCUGCGUCAGCAGAACGGCGGCGCCUACAAGCGGCCGUCCAAGUACGACCUGGAGAACGUCAAGUUCCUGCACCUCUUCAAGCCCGGCGAGGGCAGCCCGGACAUGGGGGGCGCCAUCGCCUUCAAGACGGGCAAGGUGGGCCGCCCGUCCAAGUACGACGUGCGGAACAUCCAGAAGCUGAUGCCCGGGAAGGCCGAGCCGAGCCUGGUGCCCAACAUCCUGUCCGCCCCUCCCGGGAACUCGGGAACGCCGGGCGCCCUGGGCGCCUCCUUGACCUCGGCCGCCGCCGCCGCCACCGCCGCCGCCACCGCCGCCGCCGCGGGGCCUCCCGGCGUUCCCGCCGACCAGGGGGGCCACCUGGGCUUCAGCGCCUCCGACUACAUGAAGUCCAGCUUCUCCAAGACCGACUCCAUCACCACGGGAACCGUGUCCUCAGUGAAGAACGGCCUGCCACCCGAGAAACCCGUCACCGAGGAUGUCAACCUGUACCAGAAAUAUAUCGCCAGGUUCUCCGGAAGCCAGCACUGCGGGCACGUGCAUUGCGCCUACCAGUACCGAGAGCAUUACCACUGCAUGGACCCCGAGUGUAACUAUCAGAGGUUCACCAGUAAGCAGGACGUGAUCCGCCACUACAACAUGCACAAGAAGCGCGACAACUCCCUGCAGCACGGGUUCAUGCGCUUCAGCCCCCUGGACGACUGCAGCGUGUACUACCACGGCUGCCACCUGAACGGGAAGAGCACGCACUACCACUGCAUGCAGGUGGGGUGCAACAAGGUGUACACCAGCACGUCCGACGUCAUGACUCACGAGAACUUCCACAAGAAAAAUGCACAGCUUAUCAACGACGGCUUCCAGAGGUUCCGGGCCACAGAGGACUGCGGUACUGUGGACUGCCAGUUCUACGGGCAGAAGACCACCCACUUCCACUGCAGGCGCCCCGGGUGCACCUUCACCUUCAAGAACAAGUGCGACAUCGAGAAGCACAAGAGCUAUCACAUCAAAGACGACGCCUACGCCAAGGACGGCUUCAAGAAGUUCUACAAGUACGAGGAGUGCAAGUACGAGGGCUGCGUCUACAGCAAGGCCACCAACCACUUCCACUGCAUCCGCUCAGGCUGCGGCUUCACCUUCACCUCCACCAGCCAGAUGACCUCGCACAAGCGCAAGCACGAACGCCGGCACGUGCGCUCGUCCGGCGUGCUGGGCCUCGCCUCCUCCUUCCUCAUGCCCAAGGAGGAGCCCGAGGAGUCCAGCAACGACGACCUGAUGGACUUCUCCGCCAUCAGCAGCAAGAACUCCUCGCUCAGCGCCUCGCCCACCACCCAGCCCUGCUCCUCCGGGCCCCACCUGCUGCCCACCCCCACCACCGCCAUCUCGUCCAGCCACACCAUCAAGCCCACCUCCUCCCUGCCGCCCGGCGGGCGCAUGUCCAGCCUGCUCUCCCAGGCGCUGCCCAGCAACAUGCCCGUGGCCCUGGCCCUGUCCAACUCGGGCAUGUCCGGCUCCAACCCCUUCUUCCCCCUGCUGCCCCGCCUGCCCCUGCAGCUGCCCCCCUCGGCGGCCAGCCUGAUCUCAGCCGCCAGCUCCUCCGCCCACUCCAUGCCCACCGACUCCCACUCCCAGUGCUCCUCCGCCACUGGGGAGGCCACGGCCUCCACCCCCACCUCCUUCUCCGCCGCCUCCAUCAUGGAGAAGAUCUCCGCCAGCAAAGGGCUGAUAUCCCCCAUGAUGGCCAGACUGGCAGCCGCUGCCCUCAAGCCCUCGGGAGGCCUGGACACAGGGAACGGUCCGCACGUUCCGGCAGGCCGGUUUAAUCUGGUUCAAGUGAAGCAGGAGCCGGUGGACGUGACCUCAGGAGCCUCCCAGGACUCCAUACAGGAGCACAGCCUGGACCUGAGCAAGAAGGAUCACAGUAAUGAAUCAAACGGACAUCCUGUACCGGGAAAUACAUCUCUUUUAUCCUCGCUUAUGAAUAAGAUGUCGCAGGUGAACCCCGGUUUCUUCAGCGGGAUGAGUCUGAAGGCGGAGCUGGAGGGCGGGCACGGUGUGGAUAACUCUGAGGCUGCUCAGUACCUCAGCCGUGCCAUGAAGAGGCCCAUCCAGGACAAAGCUUCUGAGCUCUGGAGGACCUACCUGCGCAGGUUCGGCACGGAUGAUUUCUGCGAGGCCCACUGUGACUUCCUGCAGAAGGUCCACUUCCACUGCGUGGUGGAGGACUGCGGGGCCCUGUUCAGCACCGUGGACGGCGCAGUCAAGCACGCCAAUUUCCACUUCCGGGCGACCCUGAAGGUGAAGUCGGAGCCCUCCUAUAACGACUCCAAGGACACCAACGAGGGGCCCAACUCCCAGCCCUCGGCGCCCGUCUCCAUGGUGACCGCGCCCUCCAUGGAGGUGCCCACCAUCACGACGGCGGGGGGCUUCGGCUCGUCCCCCUCCAUGCUGGCCUGGAAGCAGCUGGCCGGCUCCAUCCCCCAGCUGCCCGCCUCCAUGCCCAACCUGCCGGCCACCUCUCCCCUGGCCACCACCUCCCUGGAGAACGCCAAGCCCCAGGUCAAGCCUGGCUUCCUCCAGUUCCAGGACAACGACCCGUGCCUGGCUACGGACUGCAAGUACUCCAACAAGUUUCACUUCCACUGCCUGUUCGGCAACUGCAAGUACGUGUGCAAGACGUCCGGGAAGGCUGAGUCUCACUGUCUGGACCACAUCAACCCCAACAACAACCUGAUCAACGUGCGCGACCAGUUCUCCUACUACUCCCUCCAGUGUCUCUGUCCUAACCAGCAUUGCGAGUUUCGGAUGAGGGGGCACUACCACUGUCUGAGACCCGGCUGCUACUUCGUCACCAACAUCACCACCAAGCUGCCCUGGCACGUCAAGAAGCACGAGAAGGCGGAGCGGAGAGCCGCCAACGGCUUCAAGUACUUCACCAAACGGGAGGAGUGCGGUAGGCUAGGCUGCAAGUACAACCAGGUGAACAGCCACUUCCACUGCAUCCGGGAGGGCUGCCAGUUCUCCUUCCUGCUCAAGCACCAGAUGACCUCACACGCCCGCAAGCACAUGAGGAGGAUGCUGGGGAAGAACUUCGACAGGGUUCCAUCCCAGGCGUCCCACAGUCAUAGACACGAUGAGAUGCAGCACAUGGCCAACAUGUCGUCAGGCUCCAUGGGCAGCCAUUCGGGCCUCAACCCCGGCUUCUCCCACAUGAUGGACGAAACGGACGACUACAUGGACUACAUGGGGGGGGGCAGCCCCCUGGGCCUCUCGUCCGAGUCUUCCAACCAGGACCGCAGCUGCACCAGCACCCCCGUGGACAACGAGAGCUCCCCCGCAGGAUCAGGCUGCCAGGUCACUGUUCCUGCCACCACAGCCCCCGCUGACACUACUGCUACCCACAAUGCACCUCCGCCCCAGCCUCAGCCUCCAUCUUUCUCUCCGGCACUUCUCAGGCCUCCUCUUCCCUCGCUCCCAUACCUCCUCUCUCCAUCCUGUCUCUCAUACUCUCUGCUCAGCGCCUCGCUCGGAGCGACUCGGGGCGUUGUCAUGCCAACCAGCACGCAGGCUUUCAGUCCGAUCGUUGCCACUCCGUCGGCGGUUAAAAAUGACGUCCCUAUAGUGCAGGACGCUGCAGGCAACACCAUCUCUAUCCCCACCGCGGCAGGAGCCAAGAAGCGCUUCUGGAUCAUCGAGGACAUGUCCCCCUUCGGCAAGCGGCGCAAGACAGCCUCGUCGCGGAAGAUGCUGGACGAGGGCAUGAUGCUGGAGGGCUUCCGGCGCUACGACCUGUACGAGGACUGCAAGGACGCGGGCUGCCAGUUCUCCCUGAAGGUGACGCACUACCACUGCACGCGCGAGAACUGCGGCUACAAGUUCUGCGGCCGCACCCACAUGUACAAGCACGCCCAGCACCACGACCGCGUGGACAACCUGGUGCUGGACGACUUCAAGCGCUUCAAGUCGUCGCUGAGCUGCAACUUCCCCGACUGCCAGUUCUCGGGCAACAGCACCCACUUCCACUGCCUGCGCUGCGGCUUCCGCUGUACCGACAGCACCAAGGUGACCGCCCACCGCAAGCACCACGGCAAGCAGGACGUGAUCAGCGCGGCGGGCUUCUGCCAGUUCAGCUCCAGCGUGGACUGCGAGGUGACCGACUGCAAGUACAAGCUGAAGUGCUCGCACUUCCACUGCACCUACCCGGAGUGCAAGCACACGGUGGUGGGCAUGUCCCAGAUGGACUCCCACAAGCGCAAGCACGAGAAGCAGGAGCGGGGCGAGCUGCCGUCCGUCUCGCCCAAUCGGGAGGCCCAUCUCAUGGGCGGGGUCUCCGCGCCCUCCGCGUCCGCCGGUCUACCCGCCGCCUCCCCCAUCGCCCCGGGGUUCUCCCUCAACAGCAGCGGCGGCGGCAGCAACAACGUCCCCGCCAUGUUCCUCCACUCCGCCCGGGGCGGCCCCGCGUACGAGCACCCCGCGUACGAGCACCCCGCUUCUUCCAUCAACCUGGACGGGUCGCUCAACCUGGGCACCGACCCGUCCAGCUCCCUGUUCUUCCUGAAGAACCCGUCCGGCCUGGGGCUCAACGACUCCCUGGACCUGAGCCGCAAGAUGCAGCAGGACGCCCUGAGCCUGGACGGGCCCGACUCCGCCCCGCUGGCCCCGCCCGGGGCCCAGGACGACACCACGGGCACGUCGGGCGACGCCGAGGACGACCUCUCCCCCGAGGAGGAGCUGAACGCCGAGGAGGAGGAGGAGGAGGACGAGGACGAGGGCGAGGAGGACCUGAACACGGACUCGUACGAAGACUCCAUGCCGGAGGUCGAGGGCCCGGACGGCGAUAAGGACAACGGAGAGAGCUUCGACGCUUCCACAAACCACGCUGACUCUUCCCAGCCGGAGAUCCCGGAGGCCGACCCCUGAGCACCACUGUACAGAAACGGACGAGAAGAAAAAAAAACCCCGCAAAACUAUGAACAAACACAAAUUAACGCGGGCCUCGUUUAACACGCGAAAGGACAUUGCCGAUGAUAAGACAACAAAAAAAAUAUACAAAUACGACGGCCCAAAAUGAUUUAUUAUGAUGUUUACAAGAUGACCAACAUUAUUAAUUUAAUUAUGCAUAACGAAUGAACAGAAGAAAAAAAAAAACAUAUAAAUGAGGCCCUCUUUUACACACGGGCGGAAAUUUAAAACCUUUUCCUACACAUCAGUCUUUUUUGUGUGCGUGCAUGUUUGACUUUUAUUUUUUUUUGUUCGUUACUUUUUCGUGUGUGGAAAAAAAAACACCAUAAAGAAAAAAAAGAAAAUAUAUAUAGCUAUAAACUCUACGUGUGUGGAUGUUGAUAUACAAAGGAAAUUGUCAGUUCAGUCAUUACAUGAACUGCUGAUCCCUGGAUAACGGCUAAAGGGAAAUCACUGUAUAAAUAUACAUAGGGAGAUUUAUUAAAGAGGUUGUAUUAGAAUAUCUGAUUUCAAUGAAAAACACAAUGCAGCAUUAUUAUUAUUAUUAAUAUUAUUAUUAUUUUAUUAUUAUUAUUCUUAUUAUUAUUAUUAUUAUUAUUAUUGAAGUGCAGGGGCUCUGCAUUCGUGCUUUAGCUUUUUAUUUUUAUUUUUUUAUUUUUUUUUCUGUUUUACGUUUAAUGAUUAAAUUCUCCAGUCAGAAAUACUGUUGGACAGUAGCAUCCUAGUUUCCAUUCCAUGCCCCCGGCUGACUCCCCCCCGUCUCUCUGGAUCCAGCGGCUGCCGUGGCGUCCUCACACCCAGCUGGCAGAAGGGCUUCAGGCGGAGAGCGGCGCGUGGCUCUCCGCGCGUAGAGGCCUCGCUGGAAGAACUCUAACCUCCCGCCAGCAGUUCAGCUCUCUCGCUGUUGCCGCGUCUAACGAUGGCCUCCGUUUGUUUACCUUCCGGGUUUCUGCGUAUGAUUAGUGCACUUUUAUGUGGAUGAACAUAUAUAUUUAAAUGCGUUAAGAACAUAUGUAUAUUUAAAAUGGGUUUUUUUUUUUUUCGUUUGUUCGUUUGUUUCUAACUGUUCAGAAGUUAUUGCAUAAUUGUUGCAUCAUUUUUCCGUUGGCACAGGGAUGACCGGUUUGAAGGCGAGGUUUUUUUUUUUUUUUGUCUUGUUUGUUUGAAUUUUGCUGGAAGUUUCUCCCUGCUAAAGUGUCCAGUGGAAGGGCCAGUUAAACGAAAUAGGGAAAUGAAGAGAUGACGCAGGAGACGAGCUCUCCUGCCCGUGGACUGGCUCGUUAGCGAGAGCGGUCGAAGGUGCUACCGACCGGGAGGUUAAAACGGAGCGACUGUUCCCUCCCUGGUCUUCAGGACACACGUGUGGACAAGUGUAUCCUUCACCAAACACCGGUUUCCUGCUCUGAAUGUAGAGAGAACCUGAGGAAG